AUGGUGGCCGAAAAUGCUGAGAAAGGGGCUUCGAUUGGCAUACGUCAUUUACAGGCUGUGCUGCUCUUUGCCGUAAUGAGCAUAAACUUUGUAGUAAGAUUCAAUGUGGGCGUGUGUGUUGUGGCCAUGACGGAUGCUGCCACUACCAAUCCAGACUUUCCAGAAUUUGAUUGGACAGAGGGACAAAAGUCCUAUAUCUUCUCGAGCUUCUAUUGGGGCUAUGUGUUCGCCAACUUCAUGGCAGGAUUUCUGGUGCGUCGCUUUGGCGCUCAGUCGCUGCUUUUGUUCACUACCUUGUCCACGGGCUUGCUAUGCGCUGUAACGCCCCUUUUCAUCAGCUGGUGGGAGUGGCGAGCUUACUGUGCAAUGCGCAUACUGCUAGGAAUCUUUUCGGGCACAUUGUUUGCCUCUACACAUCAUCACUUGGCCAAAUGGUCGCCACCCAAGGAACGCAAUCGCCUGGGCGCCUUCGCCUAUUCUGGAGCUUAUUGCGGCACGGUGCUGGCCACGGCUAUCAGUGGACCCACAGCAAGCAGCAGCUGGGGCUGGCCUGGGAUCUUCUAUGUCUGCGCAGGCAUCUGUGCGCUGGUCGGUCUGUUGUGGUGGCUUCUGAGCGACAAGAAUCCGCCCAGCUCGCGUUGGAUAAGUCAGGCCGAGCUUGUCUACAUUGAAAGCUCGUUACACAGAGAGGAGGGCUUCCAUGCUCAAAAGAUACCCAUACCCUGGCGUGCCAUCUUUACCUCAGUGCCUUUUAUUUCAAUAACAGUCGUAGGCAUAGCUCAGGGCUGGGCCAAUGUAACAAUGCAGGUGCAAACCCCUGUCUAUUUGCAUGGCGUGCUGCAAAUGGACAUAAACAACAAUGCGCUGUACUCAUCGCUGCCUAAUCUAGUUAAAUGGAUCAUGUCCUACGUGUUCCUGGCAUUUGCUGAUGUAUCCACCACACGCAAUUGGAUGUCACAGACUAAAUUGUGCAAGCUGCUAAAUACUUUAGCCACCUGGGGACCUGCUUUGAUAUUGAUGGGCAUUGGCUUACUGGACAAGAAUCAUAUUGAACUUGCUGUGGCGCUGCUAAUUCUCAAUGCAGCAUUAAAUGCAGGCGCAGAUAUUGGCAGCAUUUUGCCCCUAACAGAUCUUUCACCCAAUCAUACGGCAAUGCUUAUGUCUAUAUCCAAUGGCUUUGUUUGUAUAGUCACACUAUUUUCGCCACUAUUUGUGGGUGUCGCUGUCGCGGAUACUAGCUCGCGUGGGCAAUGGCAAAUAGUGUUUGCUGUAACAGCGGCCAUCUUUUUCCUGGGCAACUUGGUCUAUAUCAUUUGGGGCUCCAGCGAGCAGCAGCCCUGGGAUGCAGCAGACUACUUGAAGGUAAAAGAUGUGGAGCAAACGCAUUCAGACAAAAAGGGUCCACGCAUUGGCAUACGUCAUUUGCAGGCUUUGCUGCUGUUUAUGCUUAUUACAGUUAAUUUUAUAGCCAGACUAAAUGUUGGCGUAUCCCUUGUGGCCAUGACCAAUUCAGCCAGCGCCAAUCCAGACUUUCCGGAGUACAACUGGACGGAGGCGCAAAAGUCAUACAUAAUCUCGAGUUUCUUUUGGAGCUAUGUGCUGUGCAACUUUGUGGCCGGGCUUAUAGUGCGUCGCUUUGGCGCCAAGCUUACGCUUUUCGUCAUGACCUUGGGCACGGGUCUGUUGUGCGCCUUGACGCCCUACUGCAUUAGCUGGGCCGGCUGGCGCGCCUACUGCGUCAUACGCAUACUACAGGGCGUGCUCCAAGGCAUGCUGUUUCCCUCGAUGCAUCAUCACCUGGCCAAGUGGUCGCCGCCCAAGGAGAGCAAUCGUCUGGGCGCCUUUGUCUAUACAGGCUGCAAUUGCGGCGCCAUUUUGGGCCUGGCUUUGAGUGGACCCAUUGCCAGCAGCGCCUGGGGCUGGCCAGGCAUACACAAUGUCUCCGCAGCGCUGUGUGGCUUGGGCGCGCUGCUUUGGUGGCUGCUAAGUGCGGAUAAUGCGCCCAGUUGUCGCUUCGUAAGCAAGCAGGAGUUGCAGUACAUUGAGCGCUCGCUGCAUAGAGAGGAAGGCUUUCAUGCUCAGCGCAUUCCCAUACCCUGGCGUGCGCUGCUGAGCUCCGCACCUUUCAUCUCACUAGCUGUUGUAGGCUUGGCGCAAUGCUGGUCCAACUCCAUGCGGCUGGAGCAGACGCCUUUCUAUAUGGCUGGCGUGCUGGAGCUGGACAUAAGCAGCAAUGCUUUGUACUCGGCGCUGCCUUCUGUGGCCCGUUGGAUUGCCUCCUAUGUGUGCAUGCUUUUUGCCGAGCUAGCCGCAAAACGCAAGUGGCUAAGUGAGACGAAUGUAUGCAAGGUGCUCAAUACUUUGGCCACUUGGGCGCCAGCUGCAUUGCUUGUGGGCAUUGGCUUUCUGGACAAGAGUCAAGCGCAGCUGGCGGUGGCACUAAUGACGCUGAAUGGUGGACUCAAUGCUGGUGUUGAUAUUGGCAGUCUGCUGCCAGUGAAUAGCAUGUCGCCCAAUCAUGCGGGCGUGCUUAUGGCGCUGGUAAACGGCAUUAGCCAAAUCUUUGCGCUGGUAGCGCCGCUGGCCGUGGGCAUCAUUGUCAGCGAUCAGACCUCACGCGUGCAAUGGCAAAUUGUGUUUGCCUUGACGGCCGUUAUAUUUUUCCUGGGCAACUUGGUGUACAUCAUUUGGGGCUCCAGUGAGUUGCAGCCCUGGGAUGCAGCCGACUACUUGAAGUUGAAUAAUGUGGAGCAGUCAGGCUCAAACAGCAAUCAAGUGAAUCAAACGACUGAUAAAGCUACAGAGGCGAGCAGCUAA